AUGGGAUACGAUGGAUAUGACUCGGAUGCCUAUGAAACGAUUCAAGUUGUGCCCUAUGUUUCGGGGGUUCGACUAGAGAACAUACCGGAUGAGGAGCCGGCUUUUCUCGGGCACACUAAAAUUGGUGAAACGAUCGUCGAGCCGGACACCCUGGCCACAGUGGUUUUGUUCGGGUAUUGGAUGGACAAGAUUGAAUACGUGACAUUCACUGAUUCAAACUGUAUCACUUCCGAGUUUAACAUCAGCAACAAGCAAUUCGAGCAACAAACGGAUAAAAGAAUCGAGAUUCGAAUGAAGUUUCCAAAUAUUGAACCCUCUUGGCGAAUGUGUAUCAAGCAGAAAGGAGUCAAUGGGGAAUUGUUGAUGGUAAACGCCUCAAUCUCAAUUCUCUUCGAAGACUUAACUUCGGGAACAAUUGCUUUCUUGACCUCGUCUGCUGGCAUUGUGAUCUUUGGCGAGAUUUGUCCGCAAAGCAUUUGUGUCAAAGAAGGCCUUGCUGUGGGCGCUCGCACGCUUUUCUUGACCCGUUUCUUCAUGUUCAUCACUUUCCCAUUAGCCUAUCCAAUUAGUAAAAUCCUCGACUUUUUACUUGGAGAAGAAGUGGACAAAUUCGAUCGCUCGAGACUUUUGGAGUUGAUGAAAAUGAGCAGUGCAGAGUCGAAUGAACUUUCGGCUGACCUAAAAAUCGUUGUCGGUGCGAUGGAGUUAUCAAAUAAGAAAGUGAAAGAGGUGAUGACAAAAAUCGAAGACACAUUCAUGCUAUCAAGCGAAACAAUUCUCAACUCAAUCACAAUAACGGAAAUUGCUGAAAAGGGAUAUACACGGAUCCCGAUCUACGAGGGAACUGAUAAGAAUAAGAUAAUCUCUUUAUUGUACGUGAAAGACCUGGCGCUGGUGAACAAGAAUGCGAAUAUCAGUGUGGCUACGAUCGGGAAUCGGUCGAGAGUGAGAAUUGUCGGUGAAAAUACGCCACUCACACAAAUGUUGACCGAAUUUAAGCGGGGCGACUACCAUUUGGCUAUUGUGAAACGGGGAGAACUCGACGAAGAGAGUGUUGAGAAUGGUUUACCAAUUGUUUCCUUUGAUAAGGAAGAAACCGUGAACCUCGUCGAAUCGGUCGACAAGAAAAUGGAGGUGAUUGGAGUGAUCACGUUGGAGGAUAUUCUUGAGGAGAUUCUACAGGCCGAGAUCAAUGAUGAGAGCGACGCGGUCACCGAUAACGUGCAACGACACAGACGACGCUCAAAGGUGAGUCGUGAAUACCACAGCCUCUUGGGGAAAGAGAAGCAAUCCGAGCCACUCUCCAUACAUACAAAGAUAGUUCUCUGCAAAUAUCUCCGAGAUCACCAUCCGAUUUUCUCAAGUGAAUGUCUCGAGCAAAGAGCUUUGGAGAUGAUGAUUGAAAAGAAUGUGAGAAAGCAAAGAUUUUCGGUUUUUCUGCACAGUGACUCGCCGCCAGUUCGUCUUUUUGAAGCCGGUGUCAUCAGCAAGAGAGUGAUCAUCAUCAUUGAGGGAAAUGCGCAAGUUCUUUUUCCAAAGAACAACAUGACUCUCACAGCUGAUGCGUGGAUUUCCCUUGGUGACAUCAUUUUCCACAAACUUGAGCAAGCGAUUCUGCAAGGGGGAAAUGAAACGAAUACAUCCAUUCAUUUUGUGCCCGACUUUACGGUCACUGUCGAGAAAUAUUGUAAAUUCGUUCAACUGCCGAUCACCUCACUUUAUCAUGCUUUGAAAGUAUCAAGGAUGCUCAGAGCUAUCAAAUCAAGCAGCUCAACAGCCGCCUCCUCUCGUUCCCCAUCGAUCUCCGAAUUCUCGAAAAGCUCGCGGGUAGUCAGAUUUAAAGAUGAGCCUCUCGUCGACGAUUCAACGAGAAGUCGACAAGGCUCAGAAAUUGGCGGAUCCGAGAAUGGAGAUCUCAAAGUGUCACUCAAAAAUCGACUCCGAUCGUUGAGCAAUCCGAAUACGCAGAAAAUUUCGUUACCA